CUUUAACCAAAAAAAUUUUAAGCCCACUCCUCAGAAUACAUCAUUUAUCAUUACUCCACUCUUCUCUCUCUCUCUCUCUCUCUCUCUCUCCAUUUCUCCACAUUUAUCUUUCUAUAUCUAUUGAGUAAAUGCAAAGCGGCGUAAGCUGCAAAAUCUGACAAUAAAAACACACGCUCUCUCUCUCUCUCUUAAAUUGCUGCAACUGUAAAAGUCGUACUUGUAAAUUAUCCUUGUUAUAAAUUUUGAUUCCAUUGCUACCUAGUCAACUUUCUAGUCAAUUAAUUCAAACUCUAUCAAGAAAAAUAAUGCUAGAAACUGUCAAGUACCUCAUCGGCUCUGCCGGCCCAAGCAACUUCGGCUCUAAGUCCACCGCUGAGCAAGUCACCGAGUUUUCCGAUCUCCGUUCCGUCACAGCUAUCAUCACCGGUGCUACUUCAGGAAUAGGGGCAGAGACAGCAAGAGUGCUGGCGAAGCAAGGAGCGAGGCUUGUGAUUCCGGCUAGGAGCAUGAAAGCGGCUGAGGAAGCUAAAGCGCGAAUAAUGUCGGACUUUAAACCUGAGUCCGAAAUUAUUAUUAUGGCGCUUGAUCUUAGUUCUCUCAACUCUGUUAAAAAUUUCGUUGCUGAGUUCGAGUCCUUCAACUUGCCUCUGAAUCUCCUCAUAAAUAAUGCAGGAACCUUUGCUCACGAGCAUGCAAUAUCAGAAGAUGGAAUAGAAAUGACCUUUGCUACUAAUUAUCUCGGUCAUUUUCUGUUGACAAAAUUGUUACUGAAGAAGAUGAUAGAAACAGCAAAAGAAACCGGCGUCCAAGGCAGAAUAGUGAACGUUUCAUCUAGUAUUCACAGCUGGUUUUCCGGCGACAUGAUCCGAUAUCUCGGUGAAAUAUCCCGAAACAAAUGUCAUUACGAUGCCACACGUGCUUAUGCUCUUUCAAAACUAGCUAACAUUUUGCACACAAAGGAACUUGCUCAAAGAUUGAAGCAAAUGGAAGCCAACGUGACUGUCAAUUGUGUCCAUCCAGGGAUCGUACGUACCAGACUUACUAGAGAACGAGAAGGCAUUCUUACUGAUAUGGUGUUUUUCAUGGCGUCCAAGCUUUUGAAGACAAUUCCUCAGGCUGCUGCUACAACUUGCUUCGUAGCUACUAGUCCGAGACUGUUGAAUGUUUCUGGGAAGUAUUUUGCGGAUUGUAAUGAAGCCUCGGCAUCGAAAUUGGGAUCCAGCUCGACUGAAGCUUCAAAAUUAUGGUCUGCCUCUGAAAUCAUGGUAUCUAGAGACCCAAAAGUAGUUUCUGACCCACUCAGUGCCACAGAAUAUGGUGCAUAAAAAGAAAUGGUUUUUUAAAAAAGAAAAAAUAUACAUGAAAAGAGAACAGCAUAUAUAUUAGAAACAAAAGAUGAUAUCAAUUAGCUAGUCAUGGAUUGGAUGGGGGUGGAAAAAGGAAGUUAGAGAAAAAAGAAAAGAAGGAAAGAAAUAUGCAAUUGUAUACAGCUUAGAAUAUGAUUAGUAUGACAUAUAUAGAAUGCUUUUAGAUGUACUGGUUAAUAUAUAUCUAUAGAAAUGUACUCAUAAUUAUAUGGUUUUGUUAAAUAUUAGUUGGUUUUUUAA